AUGAAUGUAGACAUUGUUAAAUACACCGAAGAUAAUUGGGAAUCUUUUAGACACGAAUGGGAACCUUACGCUAAAAGAGAUACGUUAUGUCUCGAAGCUUGUUUGAUCAAAUACAAUCAAGCAAUGAAAGAAGUUGUAUUUCAGAAUAUUUCCAACAAUCUAACGGCUCCUUCUUUAUCUUUAAAGGGUUGGUAUUAUUUAUAUCAUUACCAUAAAGAAAUGGUAGAAGAAGAAUGGUAUGAAACUACUAGAAUGGUUCCGAAACACACCGAAAAAGAAAAAAUAGAAAAAGUUUAUUCACAUACUCAUCCUUUUAUAAGAUAUUUUAUCAGACAAAGUAUUAAAGGAGGAAGAGUUUCUGCUAACAGAAAAUCAUUUAAAACGAAUAAAAUGAAUGAGAUUUGUAAUAUAUUAAUGGAGUAUUUAGAAAGUGACACUGAAGGAAUAAUAGAUUUAUUCAAAGAAUACAGUGCUAACCCAAAAGAUAAAACGGAAGUUCACGCUAAACUCAAAGAGCUGGACUAUUCUAAACUGAUGGCAUUUGACGUUAAUGGGUUGUACGCCUCUGCUAUGACAGAAGGUAAGAAGGAAACUGGGAGUAAAAUCAGGUUCAGAAAUGGUUUCUGUUCAGACGUUUUAACAUCAGUCGAAAUUCAAGAAAUAGUUAAAGCCGGUGGUAAAAUACUCAAGAUAUUAGAUGGUAUAGUAUACGAAGAAAAUUUUAAAACUCCACCUUAUAGAGAUUAUAUUUUAAUUUUGAAGGAAUUAAGGAAUAAAUACAAAAAGGAAGGAUAUGUGGUUGCCAGUAACUGCAUGAAGUUGUUAGAUAAUUCCUUAUAUGGUAAAUCUAGGGAUAGAAAUACCUCAUUGCAUUUAUGGAAUGAAGAAACCUUCCGCCUUAAUUACGACAAACACGUCAAGAAGUAUGACAAACUAAAUGAGACUCAAUACAUUGUUGAGAUUAAUGACGAAGAAAAAGAGUUUGUUCUUCCAAAGGAUUCUACAAGAUUAACACCCACUCAUUUAGGUACAUUUAUAUUAUCUCACAGUAAAAGAAUAAUGAACAAUUUUAUUCACGUCAUAGAUGGAUUUUAUAAGCCGGAAAUAUACUAUACCGAUACCGAUAGUUUAUACACUUCUUCUAAAAAUUGGGAUAAAUUAAAUAAAGCUGGGUUGGUGUCCGAAAAUGAUUAUUGUAAAGGAAAGAAUGAUUACGGUGAUGGUCGAAUCAUAUUUGGUUUAUAUUUAGCGCCAAAAGUUAAAUACAAUAUUAUUCUAACUUCCGAUGGUGUUUUAAAAGAAAAGAAAACGUUUAAGGGAUACUCUAAAUAUAAGAUUAAGGUAGACGAUUAUAUUCGAUUAGCUAGUGGUCACGAUGUAACGAAUGAAUUUGAUAAACCAUGGGGAAAGAGUUUUACUGAUGGAAUAGUUAUUCCUAAUGAAAAACAAACUAAAAAAUUUAGAAGUUAUUUGAAUUUAGUGAAGAGAAAAGCCGCUAAUAUUAUUUCUAAUCUAUUAAGUAAUUCUUCAUUAUUAUCGGAUAAAAAUGUUAUACCUUGUCCAGAUGCCCCAUAUCUUCGAAAUCGUCUAUAUCUUGUGUGA